AUGAGCUCAUAUACUGAGAAUAGCAAUCAACAUGCGAAUGUUAAUAUUGAUCACGCUCCAUCUGCUGAUGCAUCUGAUGAUGAGGAUGGUGGAGAAUAUGACCCAGAGUCUGUUACCAUCACUACAGUACCCGAUCCUAUCGUGGAACGCCCUACGUCCGAUUCCCCUCGUCCAUCUAAGAAGCCUAAAACAGCAGGCGGCUUUGUUGUCGACGACUCUUCUGAUGAAGAGGAUGAUGUUCCAGUCCCAACCUCAGCUCCAGCUCCCGCUCCCGCUCCAGCCCCAGUUCCGUCAUAUUCACCAAGCACUAUAAAGCCCCUUCCCGCAGACGCUUCUGCUCAGCCUUUCAAUCAUCCACCCCCUCAGCAGAUUACUACGCCCCAGGACAUGAUUACUGGUACCCUUGCUCAAGCGAGCGAUGAUCCAGUUUCUACAGUGGCCACGUCCAAUGUAGCAACUGCUAAUGCAACGCGCUUGAGGCUUCCUACUGAUAUUGUUGGCAUACUUGAGGAUCGUAUCAAAGAGGAUCCUCGGGGCGAUCUCGAGGCCUGGUUAGCCCUGAUCGAAGAGCAGAAGCGACGUCACAAAAUUGAAGAUACACGAGCCGUUUAUGAGCGCUUUCUGAAGGUGUUCCCCCACGCUGCGGAGAUUUGGGUUCAAUACAUUGACAUGGAGCUAAGUCUCGAUAACUCCACGGCAGCCGAGCAGAUAUUCUUGCGCACACUAGAGGGAAUACCCAACGUUCAAUUAUGGACGACUUAUCUUAACUACAUACGUCGCAGAAAUGACUUAAAUGACCCCACGGGUCGUGCCCGUCAGACCAUAAGCCAGUCUUACGAGUUUGUUUUAGGUGCUAUUGGACAGGAUCGAGAUGCAGGUGGUAUAUGGCAGGACUAUAUACAGUUUAUUAAGAGUGGCCCUGGCCAGGUCGGUGGUGCUGGUUGGCAAGACCAACAAAAGAUGGAUGUUCUUCGUAAAGCUUACCAGCGCGCCGUCGCCAUUCCUAUGGCGAAUGUGAACUCACUGUGGAAAGAGUACGACCAUUUCGAAAUGGGAUUGAACAAGAUGACGGGACGAAAGUUCAUCCAGGAACGAUCACCUUCGUAUAUGAGCGCGAGAAGUGCUAACACGCAUUUGGAGAACAUUACCCGUGGGCUUCAAAGGACAACUCUGCCCCGUCUUCCCCCAGCACCUGGUUUUGAAGGCGAACAGGAGUAUCUUGAGCAGGUUCGACUCUGGAAAACAUGGAUCGCCUGGGAGAAAGACGAUCCGCUUUCCCUACGUUCUGAUGAGCCGGAUAUCUAUCGGCAACGGGUUCUCUCUGUCUACAAGCAAGCAUUAAUGGCUUUGCGUUUCUGGCCAGAAUUAUGGGUUGACGCAGCUGACUGGUGUUUUGACAACGGCAUUACUGGCAAGGGUGAACAAGACACAGGACUACAGUUUCUCAUCGACGGCCUCGAAGCAAACCCCGAAAGCUCUUUAAUAGCCCUCAAGCAUGCCGACCGUAUCGAAUCUACUCAAGCCACGCCUGAGGAUGACGCAGGGAAAGCUGCUCUUGUGCUAGCUGUUAGGCAACCCUGCGAUCGAGUUCUUGACACUCUUUACGGCAUGAUUAAGAAUCUGAAGGAUCAAGAAGCAGCAGCUGUGGCCAAAAUCGAGGAAGAGGCCUCUAUCAAUGCUGCUACCUCGGCAAGCGCGGAUGUUGACGAGGAUGAAGAUGAAGGGGAGAUUACGGAGAAGCCAUCUUCGGAAGCAAUAAAGAACUCCAAGAUAAAAGCAGUACAGGACGGAUUUGCCGCCCAGAUCCAAAUAUUGUCACAACAUAUAUCUUACCUUUGGAUUGCCCUUGCACGGAUUCACAGAAGGAUACAGGGGCAAGGAUACAUCAAGAGUGACCCUGCUGUGGGAAUGCGUGGUUUGUUCAUUCAAGCCCGACAGAGGGGCCGGCUAACAAGUGAUGUCUACGUUGAAAUGUCAAAUCUGGAAUGGGAUGUUUACCAAGAAGACGUGGCUACAAAAAUCUAUGAGCGUGGUGCAAGGCUCUUUCCAGAACAAGAGGAUUACUUGGUUGAAUACCUAAAGCAUCUUCACAAGAAGCGUGAUUUCACUAAUGCACGAGUCGUAUUCUCCCAAACUGUCAAACGGUUCAAGGCCAAGCCUGAGCUGAUCCCAAAGCUGAGGCCGAUAUUUGCCUAUUUCCAUCACUAUACAUCUCGAUUCGGCGAGCUGGCACAGGUCAAAGAGCUUGAGAAGCAGAUGGCAGAGCUCUUCCCGGAGGAUCCUAAACUUUCAUAUUUUGCAGCAAGAUUCGACCUCGGCAAAUUUAACCCCAUCACUGCCCGAGUCAUUAUUUCAUCCGCUAAACAGAUGCGUCUCAAGACAGUUAUGCAGUCUGUAGAAGGCCCACCGGUUUCUGACAGAGGUACCCCCCGCCCUACCCUCCAGACGGAGCGUAGCCCACAGCCACAGUUUUUUCCCUCUGUUAAUUCACCCAAACGUCCAUUCCAAGGCGAUGACCAGGAUGAAUACCCUCCCCGGAAGUUAGCCCGCGGGGUCUCACCUCUCAAAGGCGCAGCUGGUCGACGACUUGAUCAGCAACGACGGGCUCAGCAGGGCCAGGGAGUUUCCUCGCAUACUAGUGGACCUACUCCUAUUCCUCGUGAUAUCGCUUUCCUUCUCACCGUAAUCCCUCCUGCUGAAGCGUUUCGCAGCCACCAUUUCAACGCAGAAGGCUUGGUGCGCUUGAUCCAGAAUACUGCAGUACCAAGCUAUGUUGAGUGGAAAGCUCGGGGAGAAGGCGCCUCGCGUAAUAUCUUGGCUCCAUCUCACGCACACACUCGACAAGCCUCCUCCGAAUACCAGAACUACCCGUAUUCCACGCGAGAUUCACCGGGGCCGUCUGGUCGUCCAGCUAGCCCAUAUAGCGGAAUAAACCGUGGGAUAGCCCAAGCAUCAGCACCCUAUCGCAAUUCCCCCUUACGACCUGAAUCGAGCGGGUCGUACGAACCGCCCCAACCCGUCUAUCAAGCAGGUGUAAGCCAAUUCAACCCAUUAGCACAGAACAUUGGCCCUGGAAAUGCUGCGUUUGCUGCUUGGCAAGGAAACUAUGCACCGCCUGGGCAAUAUAACGCCGGUCCAUCUCAACAGCACCCCCAGCAAUAUGGCGGGUAUUAUUAA